GUUUUAUGGAAAUAGCUCAGUUCCGUUAUUUGACGAAAGUUUCAGGUUAUAUUUAUUUGUUUUUUGAUUAGUGCCAAGUGAUUAAUCGUGGUUAAGAUUUGCGAAUUUAUUUUUAUUUUACUUUAGUAUUGACAAGUGCAUUUUUGUUUUGAAUACAACUAACUACUGUUUAAAGAAUAUUUCAACUUUGCUAUAGGCACCCAAAAUAAGAAACAGAUGAAAGGUUAUGUUCUGUGGCUAUGGUUAUCAGUGAUUUACUAAUCUCUAUACUUUUCCUUUUUCUAUUUUGUCAGUGUCUGCUGAUAAUUUCAAUAUUUGACAUGUAGGAUACCUAAAAAUCUUUAAACUUGAUAUAUGAUCUGUUCAAAAAGUUUAGAUUAAGAUCAAUUAAGAAUAAGUAUUAAAUUCUUUAAAUUACCUAUACAGUGUAUAGAUAUUAAAUAUCUGAUUCAAAAACUACUGAUUAAAAUGAGUAAAAGCAAAAAUCCAGGACCUGUGCCACCAAGAUGGUUGAGAUGUCCAAGGAAAUCAGAACAUUUGAUAAUAGGCAAAUUUAUGGCUUUUAAAACACCCCUUAGUUCAGAUUUUGAUGAUCAAGUGCCUCUAGAACAUAGAUUCCCUCCCAAGAUGUUGUUUAAGACUGCGAAACGUAACAAGAUAAAAUUGGGUUUGUGGAUUGAUCUGACUAAUACUUCAAGAUUUUAUGAUAAGUCAGAAAUAGAAGAGCAUGAUUGUGAAUAUUUAAAACUACGUUGUAGAGGACAUGGGGCAGCUCCUUCAAAGACACAAGCAGAUACAUUUAUAAAAAUUGUACAUAAUUAUAUUUCACAGCAUCCUCUGCAAAGCAUUGCUGUACAUUGUACUCAUGGAUUUAAUAGGACUGGCUUUCUUAUAGUAUCAUAUUUAGUUCAAAUGUUGGACUAUAGUCUUGAAAAAGCUUUGGAUUUAUUUGCAGAGGCAAGACCUGAAGGGAUCUACAAGCACUACUAUAUAAAAGAACUUUAUAGAAGAUUCGAUGAUAUUGAUGAUGCACCUAAUACAGUUGCACUUCCCGAUUGGUGUAUAGAAGAUGAUACAAAGGAUAGUGACUCUGAGGAUCAUAAUGGAGAGAUAGCAUCAACAUCCUUGAAGCAAUUUAGUGAUCCUCCCACAAAUAACCAACCUGAGAACCGACCUGGUAAAAGUAACAAUCCAAAAUUUAUGGAAGGUGUACCAGGCGUAGAAUAUGUCCAAGACCAAAAAAAAAGAUCUUCUUUAAAAAAGAAAGUACAGACCAUGUGUAAAUGGACAUCAAAAAGUUUUUCUGGGAGCCAGCCAGUUUCUAUGAACGUAGUUAAUAUAAAAUUGCUUCAAAAAAACCCAUACAGGGUAUCCUGGAAAGCCGAUGGUAUGAGAUAUAUGAUGCUUAUAGAUGGAGAGGAAGAAAUUUACUUUUUUGACAGAGAUAAUAAUGUAUUUAAGGUGAAUGGUUUGAGAUUUGUGAAUAAAAAAGAUGUAAGAGUUCAUCUCAAAGAUACUUUAUUGGAUGGGGAAAUGGUGAUAGAUAAAGUGAAUGGGCAGAAUAUUCCUAGGUACUUAGUAUAUGACAUAGUCCAAUUCCAAUCUUGUCAGAUAGGAGACCAAUUUUUCUAUCCAGAUAGAAUUAAAUGCUUGGAAAAUGAAAUAUUCAAACCCAGACAAUUUGCAAUGGAAAAAGGAUUUAUUAAUAGAUCUAGUGAGCCAUUCAGUGUGAGGAAAAAAGAUUUUUGGCCAAUCACUCAAGCAGCUAGUUUAUUAGGAGAAAAAUUUGCCAAAACUUUGUCACACGAACCAGACGGACUUAUUUUUCAGCCAUCAAAGGAGCCUUAUACUGCUGGAAGAUGCGAUACUGUUCUUAAAUGGAAACCACUCACACUGAAUUCGGUUGAUUUUCGUAUGAAAAUUCAUCGGGUAGAAGGAACAGGAAUUGUGAGCACAAAGAAAUGCCUUUUAUUUGUAUCCAAUAGGAAAGAUGUAUUUGCUGAAAUGAAAUAUACAAAUAAACUAAAGGAUUUAGAUGAUAAAAUUAUAGAAUGCAAGUUUGAAAAUAAAGAAUGGAAGUUCAUGCGAGAAAGAACAGAUAAAUCAUUUGCUAAUAGUUGGGAAACUGCUAUAGCUGUUUGUGACAGUAUAAUAAAUCCAGUUACAAAGGAAAACCUACUGGAAUUUAUUCAAAAGUUUGGUUUUAAAGAUGAUAGUGAAAUGAUGCCUCCUCCAAGAAAAAUGGUCAAAAGAUGAUAAACUUUCUUUCAUUUGUUAUUUUUUAGAUCUUUUGAUAUAUUAAUGCUUCAAAAUGUUCUUGAUUCUAGAUCUCUUCUUGUUUCAAAAUUAGUUAUUUUUUAAUAAUUUUUUAUCAAUCUUUCAAAAAUUAUUAAAAAAAAUAAUUUUAAAACACAAGAGACAUAAAAUCAAGAACAUUUUGAAGAAUUAAGAUUAUUAACUAUAGUGAAAUUUCUAUUAUGUAUUUAUAUAAAACUAUUUAUUUAUGAAUUUUUUUUAAAGCAUUUGAUGAAUUCGUUUUAAACCAUUAUUUUUUCCAUUAAGGUAAUGAAAAGUUUAAUAUUAAUAAUAAUACAAUUUAUUUCAUUAUUUUUUUUCUUUUUAAUGGACAAUUUUUGUAAAAAGGUGACUUUAUUAAAUGUAAUAUUGAAUUAUA